AUUUUACUUCAUUUGAAGUUCGGCAAACCUACAGAAACAACAGAUCCUGACACAAUUGCUUUGUCUCUAAUGAGAAACUUGAAGACAUGUUGAGCUUACUUCCUCUUCUCGCUGAUUUGUCGCUGGGAGAAUCGUCAUCGUCAACGGUCGUCAAGAUAUAGUGCACCACAACGCAAAUGAUAGGCCAUUGAAAGAAGACUACUGACAGAGAAAACACGCACAAGAGUUGAUCUGUCUGAGAACUACAAUGCUGAAGCGGGCAGCGCUUAGUUCGCAGCUGAUUCUGCUGCUGAUGGUGGCUAAAACUGAUGCAGUGGCCCCCCUCAACCUCAACACUGGGAAAAUCAGUCUCAGUUCCGAACAAUGGGAAGCAGCUCUUACUCAGGCCAGAGUUCAGCUUGAGGAAGAACAGAGUCAAGAAAGUGCCUUUGCGGAAUUAGACCGAUCUGCGUCAGUACCUGGCUCUACAACGGACCAGCACAACAAGUUCACAUUCACAGCACCUGCGAGUAUAACAAAGGGAAACAACAAUCGCAUCAAUGUCCUCCAAGUUACAGAGAUGCUACACGCAGCGAAAGUACCACAGGAGUCCGUGCCCUUGAUGUUGAAGAAUGGUUUCGGUCCAAAGCUCGAGUGCGAUUCCAGCCUUGUUGAACCGUGUAACACCUCCUCCCCCUACCGGACAGCUGAUGGUUCCUGCAACAACCUCGAGCAUACAACCUGGGGCAAGGCAUUCAUUCCAAUGAGGCGAUGGCUGGAUCCCGCUUAUGAUGACUAUAUAUCUUCCCCACGAGAAAAAGCCACCCUUGGGUCGUCCUCAAAGUUACCCAGUGCCCGCCUGGUCAGCACGACUGUCCACCCCCCGUCAACAGACGCUGACCGCCACGCCUCCUACACCCACAUGUUGAUGCAGUGGGGUCAGUUCCUGGAUCACGACAUCACCAGCACACCAACACAGCAACUGUCUGGAGGUCCGAAUGGCGGUUCUUCUGUUGGAUGCUGCGGUCUUGGUCUUGGUAGUUAUAGAGGAAAACGAGGGGCACGACCACCAGAGCCAUUACCAGAUCUAAUAAGGCCGCAGUGUUUUCCCAUCGACAUUCCACAACCCGAUCGACACUUCGAUUCCACCUGCAUGAACUUCGUGCGCUCGGUUCAAGUAGCGAACGAAUAUUGCCACGCAGCUCCUGUGGAACAGCUGAACCAGCUCACAGCCUACAUAGACGCCUCACAGGUGUACGGGUCGUCACAGGAGGAACAGAACAAGCUACGGACUUUUGUCGACGGUCAGUUGAAGAUGAGAUGUGCUCACUUGCCAAACGAUUCACAGUCUAGUUGUACCACACCAAACAGCCCUAGUUACUGUUUCCUAGCAGGUGAUCAUCGAGUGAAUGAAAAUCCAACUCUUCAGAGCAUGCACACCAUCUUCAUGAGAGAACACAACCGCAUAGCUAAAAAACUAAAAGAACGCAACUGCCAUUGGAGCGAUGAGAUCACUUUCCAGGAAGCAAGGAAGAUAGUCGGCGCUAUUAUACAGAAAAUCACGUACGAUGAAUACUUGCCUAUUAUCAUGGGCCAGCAAGCGAUGACCAAGUAUGACUUGCCAAUUGGGUCUCGGAGCACUUACGCCAACGUAUACAGCACUACGACCGACGCCAGCAUCAGGAACGCCUUCGCUACGGCGGCUUUCAGAAUGGGACACUCCAUGAUCCACAGCUUCUUAGCUAGCUACAGCUCUUCAUAUAGUAAUAUCGGCCAGGACCAACUAAGCAAGACCUUCGGCAACACGAAUCUCAUUCUGAACGUCAACAACAGAAAGGUUGGUCAUUACUGUAGAGGGCUGGUUAAGGACGGAGUUCAGAAUGCAGAACACAAACUGACGCAGGAGGUCACGGACAAGCUGUUUGCUGACAGUAAAGGAAAUAGUCUGGACCUGGCAGCUCUCAACAUCCAGAGAGGAAGAGACCACGGGCUACCGUCUUACACCGAGUGGAGGAAGUACUGUAACGUUCCAAAUGCUACAUCCAUCGACGGCCUGGCCCCCACGACACACACAGAUACUACAGUGAACCUUUUAAAGAAAGUGUAUAAGCACAUCGACGACAUUGACCUGUUUCCUGGGGCUCUGUCUGAGAAGCCUGUUCCAGGAGGUCUUCUGGGACCGACAUUUACCUGUCUCCUGGGGAAGCAGUUCCAGGCCCUGAAGGAAGGAGACCGAUUCUGGUUUGAAGAGAACAACGCAUAUGUGAAAUUUACUAAGAACCAGCUGAAUGAGAUCCGGAAAGCCAGUCUGUCCAGGGUAGUGUGUGAUAAUACGGACACCUACAUGAUCCAGAAGAACGCUUUCAUCAAGGGAUCUCUGUCCUCGUGCUGUUCUCUGGAUGAAAUUGACCUCAAACACUGGAAUGAUCCGAGCACAGGCACCUGGACGUCCUGGGGAACAUGCAAAGCAGGCAAACAGAGUAGAAGUCGCACAUGCAAGACCUGUGACUGCAGCGGUCAGAGCUAUCAGAUUCGUAGAUGUUUUAUAUUUUGCUGGUGGUGUGUUUUCAGACAACCUAAUUAUUAAAAAGCUGUAAUUUUAAGCUGUACGUUUUAAGUAAUAUAAUACAGGUAGCGAGUAUCACGUUUUACUUUUUUGUCCGUUACCUGUUGACAAACCUAAACAAUUUGUCACCUUUAGCUUGCUUGCUUAGAAAAAAUAUACCUACUAAUCACAACUGAUAUAAGGGUCAUGACACGAAAUCUAUCCUUGUUUGACAGAAGAGUUGUGUUAUUGUAUAUUAAAAAACUAUAAUGUUGGGUUGUUUCUCUGUUAUACCAUGCUGAGUGAGUGUCACCGUGUUUUCUGUUUACCCAUGUCACUGACUAGUGCCGCUCUGUUCCCCGGCUUUGUUUCCGGCAGUCGCUAUCUUGCAGCGUCAGAUCGUUUUGUGUUAGAUAAUUAAUAAAUUUGUUUUAGCAGCUCUCCUUUUAAUGCUGUAUUACUGUUGAAUGGAUAAAUUGCUUGACUGUAUAUUUGCGCUGAUAGAAUUACAGUGCGCAGAUUGGGGUUAUCUUAUCUUUUUUUGGUUUACCAUUAGUACAAUUGGUAGUUAUUUAAUAAACCUGAGAAACUACUA